AUGGUUCAAUUGAUGCAAAUUGUACGCUCUCUCGGGGCGAUGCGUAAAUUUCACUGUCCCGUAAAGGACACCUAUCCCCUGGAUGGUCCUUGGCGCCAUAAACCGAAGGUGAGCAAACCGGCGGACUACGAGCUGAUGCCGGGAAUGUCACCCAAGGUGUUCCGGGAAACGGAACAUGAAAACCAACUCGGUCCCAUUCCGACGACGGGAGAUGAAGCGAAAAAACACGCGUACAAAAAUCCGGAAUACUUUUCGUACCAUCGCUACUCGUUCUACGACAUUGGGCGGGCAGUUGGGUGUGCCUACCGAGUGCAACCGAGCUCGCUGCCAAAACGCAGCAAAUCGUUCCGGUUGCCAUGGCAAAGUGAAGAAGCCAUCCUGUACGAUGCAGCGAUCCCGGUGACGUUGAGUUGCCUGCAUUGCACACCCCAGGAGGAAGCACCAGAACCGGAACAGACACCUAAGGGUUAG